UGUCACUGAUAUUCCGAUCUCUUGUGCGCAUUCCCUUCUGAAAGUACCGCCGGUUGCGAAGACGCAAAACGUCGGCGAAGCGCAGAAAGAGUUUCAAAACGCAAUCCUCUCGGCUCCAUAGUCACAACUCAAUACCGAUGUGGACCCCCAGCGAAUCACCGAUCAAAGCUACUCCCUUGGCUCGCAUCUUCUACGGUUGGCCUCCGGGGAAUGCCACUGACCUGCCGCCGGGAACGAGCAGAGAUAGGCGAGACUCCGCUCCGCAAUCGGCGGCCUAUUAGUUAAGGUACUUCGGUUCUUAAUUUCAUAUUAAUGGGAAGCUUUUACUCUUGGCCGGACAUAUUGCUAAUAAAUUGUAGCAAGUAGUAACGCACUUGCUCAUUCAAUCAGUCGGUCAAGCAACUGAAAUUUUUUAGAAUUUCCAGAAUCUUGAAUGCCAGUUAUGAUCGUAGAUAUGGUAACUUAAGAAGUCCGAUCAAGUUCCUUAUAACGUAUCAUAUAUAUAGAGGAAAGAAAGAUGGGUAGAUCACCGUUCGCAGUAAUCUUAGCAGCCACUAGAUACCCUCAAUGGUUUUCCUUCUACCUUUAGCUAUGGCUGCCAAUGUUGUGAGAUCAAUGCUGAACAACUUAUGCUGGUUUGUGGUUUUGGCCCUAGCCCUGCACCAUUGCUUCAGUUUGGUAGCCAUUGCCCAGCAAGUCCCAUGCUUCUUCAUAUUUGGGGACUCUCUGGUGGACAAUGGGAACAACAACCACAUUAAAACUUUGGCCAGAGCUGAUUACCCCCCUUACGGGAUAGACUUCCCAGGCGGUCCUUCUGGCAGAUUCUCCAACGGCAAAACCACCGUUGAUGUAGUUGCUGAGCUACUGGGAUUCGACAAUUACAUCCCUCCCUUUACUGUUGCCAGCGGGGAGGAGAUACUGAACGGAGUGAAUUACGCAUCUGCAGCUGCUGGCAUUCGGGAGGAGACUGGGCAGCAACUGGGAGGUAGGAUAAGCUUCAGUGGUCAAGUGAGGAACUAUAAGAACACAGUGUCCGGGAUAGUUAACUUGCUUGGAGAUGAAGACACAGCGGCUAAGCACUUGAGCAAGUGCAUUUACUCUGUUGGGUUAGGGAGCAAUGACUAUCUCAACAAUUACUUCAUGCCAUUGAUUUACUCUACUUCUAGGCAGUUCACCCCGGAGCAGUAUGCUGAUGACCUCAUUCAGAGAUAUACUCAGCAACUCAAGAUUAUGUAUAGCUAUGGUGCGAGGAAGUUUGUGUUGAAUGGAGUGGGACAGAUAGGGUGCAGCCCAAGUCAAUUGGCUCGAAAUAGUCCGAACGGGAGGACUUGCGUGCAGAAUGUCAACACUGCGAUUCGUACCUUCAACUACAAGCUAAAAUUGCUAGUUGAUCAGUUGAACCACGACACCCCUGAUGCCAAGCUCAUCUACGUCGAUACCUAUGGGAUUUUCCAGGAACUGCUCAAAAACCCAGCAGCCCACGGGUUCAGAGUGAAGAAUGCAGGGUGCUGUGGGGUGGGGAGGAACAACGGUCUGAUUACAUGUCUGCCGUUCCAAAUUCCAUGCCAGAAUAGGAACCAGUACUUGUUCUGGGAUGCAUUCCACCCGACGGAGGCUGCCAACGCAUAUGUGGGAAAGAGGUCUUAUAUCGCACAGUCUCCCAGUGAUGCUCAUCCCUACGACAUUCGCCGGCUUGCUGAGCUCUGAUAAGAUUCUGGAAAUGGAGAUUAGAUCAGAUCAGAUCAUCCUUUGUCCUUUUAGCGGCCUCACAUGAUGUUCAAAGUUUUGGCAGUCAGUUCUUAUCCAUAUUUCCCUGAGUGCUACUUCUGAUAAGAUAUGUGGUACUUUUGAAUUCAGAUUGAAUAAUCUCCCUUGUUAGGCCUUCAGAUCUUUCUUUUUCUUGGAACCUUAGAGAUAAUUUAGGACGGUAAAACAACUCGUUGAUACUAAACCAAUCCCAAACUAGUUUUACCCUCUAUUUACAUGAUCAGGCUGGACGUCAAACUGUUCAAUGGUUAUUGUUCCCAUUUGUUGUCAUAUAUAGACCUUCAUGAAUUCUUUUUUAAUGAAUGAGCAUUUCAUUU